AUGGACCUGGGCAGCGGUGGCAGGAGCGCGGGAGCUGCCCCCGCGCCCCGGGGCGUCUGGAGACCUUUCCCCUCCUCCUGCUGCUGCUGCUUCUCCUCGCUCCUGGAUGUGAACAGCUGGCUGCUCUUCUACGGCUUCUUGUACCUGGCCCUCUAUGCCCAGGUGUCCCAGUCCAAGUCCUGCGACAAAAUCUCCUGCUUCUCGGGUCAUUGUGUCAACUCCACCUGUGUCUGCGACCAGGGCUGGGUGGGAGACCAGUGCCAACAUUGCCAGGGCAGGUUCAAGUUAACAGAACCUUCUGGAUAUUUAACAGAUGGACCAAUAAAUUAUAAAUAUAAAACUAAAUGUACAUGGUUAAUUGAAGGAUAUCCAAAUGCAAUACUAAGAUUAAGAUUUAAUCACUUUGCCACAGAAUGUAGUUGGGACCAUAUGUAUGUAUAUGAUGGAGAUUCAAUAUAUGCACCUUUAAUAGCUGUAUUUAGUGGUCUAAUAGUCCCUGAAGUGCGUGGAAAUGAAACCGUUCCUGAAGUAGUUACUACAUCUGGCUAUGCAUUGCUACACUUUUUUAGUGAUGCUGCUUAUAACCUAACUGGAUUUAACAUUUUUUACUCAAUUAAUUCUUGUCCUAAUAACUGCUCAGAACAUGGAAAGUGUACAACCAGUGUGUCCGUACCAAGCCGGGUGUACUGUGAGUGUGACAAGUAUUGGAAAGGAGAAGCUUGUGAUAUUCCAUAUUGUAAAGCCAACUGUGGCAGUCCAGAUCAUGGGUACUGUGAUUUGACAGGCGAGAAGCUGUGUGUUUGCAAUGAUAGCUGGCAAGGUCCAGAUUGUUCUUUGAACGUCCCUUCCACGGAGUCUUACUGGAUUCUACCAAACGUAAAGCCAUUCAGCCCUUCUGUGGGCCGGGCUUCCCAUAAGGCAGUCCUGCAUGGGAAAUUUAUGUGGGUGAUUGGUGGAUACACUUUUAACUACAGUUCAUUCCAAAUGGUGUUGAACUACAAUUUGGAAAGCAGUAUAUGGAACGUAGUACCUGUAUCCAAAGGGCCACUCCAGAGAUAUGGACACACUCUUGCUUUAUAUCAGGAAGACAUCUACAUGUAUGGAGGCAAAAUUGAAACAAAUAAUGGCAAUGUUACUGAUGAGCUGUGGAUUUUCAACAUACCCAGUCAAACAUGGAGUACCAGAACUCCUGCAGUACUUGUACAUGGCCAACAAUAUGCUGUGGAAGGUCAUUCUGCACACAUAGUAGAGCUGGACAGCAGAGAUGUGGUUAUGAUUAUAAUUUUUGGAUAUUCUGCCAUAUAUGGUUACACAAGCAUUGUGCAAGAAUACUACAUCAGGUCUAAUUCGUGGCUCGUACCAGAAACAAAAGGAGCGAUUGUACAAGGUGGAUAUGGCCACACUAGUGUCUAUGACGAACUCACAAAAUCUGUUUAUGUCCAUGGUGGAUACAAAGCGUUACCUGGCAAUAAAUACGGAUUGGUGGAUGAUCUUUACAGAUAUGAAGUUAAUACUCGGACAUGGACUAUUUUGAAAGAGAGUGGUUUUGCAAGAUAUCUUCAUUCAGCUGUCUUAAUCAAUGGAGCUAUGCUUAUUUUUGGUGGCAACACUCACAAUGAUACUUCCCUGAGUAAUGGUGCAAAGUGCUUUUCUGCUGACUUUCUUGCAUAUGAUAUAGCUUGUGAUGAAUGGAAGAUUUUACCAAAACCUAAUCUGCAUCGAGAUGUCAACAGAUUUGGUCACACUGCUGUUGUCAGUAAUGGGUCCAUGUAUAUAUUCGGGGGUUUUUCAAGUGUUCUUUUGAAUGACAUCCUUGUAUACAAGCCUCCAAACUGUGAAGCAUUCAAAGAUGAAGAACUGUGUAAAAAUGCUCGUCCAGGGAUAAGAUGCCUGUGGAACAAGAAACAUUGUGAAUCCUGGGAAUCUGGACAUGCUAAUAACAUCCUUAGAGCAAAAUGUCCUAAGAAAACAGCUGCUGCAGAUGACAGAUGUUACCGAUACGCGGACUGUGCGAGCUGUACUGCCAAUACAAACGGGUGCCAGUGGUGUGAUGACAAGAAAUGCAUUUCAGCAAAUAGUAACUGUAGCAUGUCAGUUAAAAACUACACUAAAUGUCAUGUGAGGAAUGAACAGAUCUGCAAUAAACUGACCAGCUGCAAAAGCUGCUCGCUACACCUGAACUGCCAGUGGGACCAGCGGCAGCAGGAGUGCCAGGCACUACCCGCUCAUCUGUGUGGGGAAGGAUGGAGUCAUAUUGGAGAUGCCUGCCUCCGCAUAAAUUCUAGUCGUGAAAGCUAUGACAAUGCCAAACUGUAUUGCUACAAUUUAAGUGGGAAUCUUGCCUCAUUAACAACCUCAAAAGAAGUGGAAUUUGUUCUGGAUGAAAUACAGAAGUAUACACUUCAGAAAAUUUCACCUUGGGUAGGUUUACGCAAGAUCAACAUCUCCUACUGGGGAUGGGAUGACAUGUCUCCAUUUACAAAUACAACUCUGCAAUGGCUUCCUGGAGAGCCCAAUGACUCUGGCUUCUGCGCAUAUCUAGAAAGAGCAGAGGUGGCAGGUCUGAAAGCGAAUCCAUGCACUGCAAUGGCAGAUGGUCUUGUGUGUGAAAAACCUGUUGUUAGUCCCAACCAGAAUGCCAGACCCUGCAAAAAGCCAUGCUCCUUGCGAACAACAUGUUCUAACUGCACGAGUAAUGGUAUGGAAUGUAUGUGGUGUAGCAGUACGAAACGAUGCGUUGACUCAAACGCCUAUAUAAUCUCCUUCCCAUAUGGACAGUGUCUAGAAUGGCAAACUGCCACGUGCUCCCCUCAAAACUGCUCUGGACUGAGGACUUGUGGACAGUGUUUGGAACAGCCCGGGUGUGGAUGGUGUAACGAUCCCAGUAACACUGGAAAAGGACAGUGUUUGGAAGGGUCAUCAAGAGGACCAAUGAAGCCUGUCGGCAUGCACUCUAAUGAAAUGGUUCUUGAUGCUACUCUUUGUCCAAAAGAGAAAAAUUAUGAGUGGUCUUUUAUCCAGUGUCCAGCUUGUCAGUGUAAUGGCCACAGCACCUGCAUCAACAGUAAUGUCUGUGAUCAAUGUAAAAACUUAACAACAGGAAAACAAUGUGAAACGUGCAUGCCAGGAUAUUAUGGGGAUCCCACAAAUGGAGGACAGUGUACAGCUUGCACGUGCAGUGGACAUGCAAAUAUUUGUCACAUGCAAACAGGAAAAUGUUUCUGCACAACUAAGGGAAUCAAAGGAGACCAGUGUCAACUCUGUGACUCUGAAAAUAGGUAUCUUGGAAAUCCGCUUAGGGGAACGUGCUACUACAGUCUUUUGAUUGAUUACCAGUUUACCUUCAGCUUAUUACAAGAGGAUGAUCGCCAUCACACUGCCAUAAACUUUAUAGCAAAUCCGGAACAGUCAAAUAAAAAUUUGGAUAUAUCAAUUAAUGCAUCAAACAACUUCAACCUCAAUAUUACAUGGUCUAUUGGUUCUACAGCUGGAACGAUAUCUGGAGAAGAGAUUCCUGUUGUUUCUAAGGCUAAUAUUAAGGAAUACAGAGAUAGUUUUUCCUGUGAAAAAUUUAACUUUCGGAGCAACCCAAACAUCACUUUCUAUGUCUAUGUCAGCAAUUUCUCCUGGCCAAUCAAAAUACAGAUUGCCUUCUCACAGCACAAUACUAUCAUGGAUCUGGUGCAGUUCUUUGUCACCUUCUUCAGUUGUUUCUUAUCCUUACUGCUGGUAGCCGCUGUCGUUUGGAAAAUCAAACAAACCUGUUGGGCUUCUCGACGGAGAGAGCAACUUAUGCGGGAGCGACAGCAGAUGGCCAGCCGCCCCUUUGCUUCUGUCGAUGUAGCACUGGAAGUAGGAGCUGAGCAAACAGACUUUCUACGAGGGCCAUUAGAGGGUGCUCCUAAACCAAUUGCCAUUGAGCCAUGCUCAGGAAACAGAGCUGCAGUCCUCACGGUGUUUUUAUGUCUGCCCAGAGGAUCAUCAGGAGUCCCACCCCCUGGUCAGUCAGGUCUUGCAAUUGCAAGUGCACUGAUAGACAUUUCACAACAGAAGCCUGCGGACUGUAAAGAUAAGAGUUCAGGAGUCAGAAAUCGAAAACAUCAUCUUUCAACACGUCAAGGAACUUGUGUCUGA